AUGACCAAUAUUGACGGAGAGUACAUGGCCAUUGGCAGACAGACUACUGAGACCGCCAACGUUCUUACACCGUUCGGCGGAAACUCUGUCAACAUCUCCGGCUCUGGAAUUCAAGAAGUCGAGUACGCAGAUGGUUUCCGAAUGUCCAUGAAGGCUACCCAGCCAAUGACCAUUACUACCAAUGUGGUAAAUGGUAUCAGCACAUCGAUGAUCACAGACCAAAACACGGCGUCAGUUAGUAUGUAG